AUGGCUGCCUUUACUUUCGGGCCACGUGCGCCGAGCCGAGAGCGGGCAGCUUGCCUUUCGAAUCUUCUGCUCUCGUUACCGGCCUUUCUUUUACGGACUCUUUCAUUUUGUUGUUUGUUCAGACGGUGGACGCGCCUUUGGCGGGUAGGAGUGCUCCAUUGGUCGGGGAAGGAGCUUAUUUUUCCGAUUUCCAUUCUGAAUCACUUUCUUCUCCCAGUUUUUCUUUUGCCUCUUUCUUUUGACGGUGACUUUCGACUACGGUACUGCGUGAUUUUAUUAGCAUUUUUUAAUCCUUAUUUCUCUCUCUCUCUCUCUCUCUCUCUCUCUCUCUCUCUCUCUCUCUCUCUCUCUACAUCUGCUAACCGUCCAGCUCUACUUAUUCGUCUACCUCCCGCAUUUCACUCCGAAGCUAUUCAUUACUAUCUAUCUAUCUAUCUAUCUAUCUAUCUAUCUAUCUAUCUAUCUAUCUAUCUAUGUCUCAGUUUGUUGAUUAAAUAUCUAUCUAUCUAUCUCAGACUUUUGUUCAUUAUCUAUCUAUCUAUCUAUCUAUCUAUCUAUCUAUCUAUCUAUCUCAGCUGUUUUUAUCUAUGUCAAAAUGUUUCUAUCUAUCUGUCUAUCUAUCUAUCUAUCUAUCUAUCUAUCUAUCUAUCUAUAUCUAUAUAUAUAUAUAUAUAUAUAUAUGCCAGACUUUUGUUCAUUAUCUAUCUAUCUAUCUAUCUAUCUAUCUAUCUAUCUAUCUAUAUCUAUCUCAGCUGUUUUUAUCUAUGUCAAAAUGUUUUAUCUAUCUGUCUAUCUAUCUAUCUAUCUAUCUAUCUAUCUAUAUAUAUAUAUAUAUAUAUAUAUGCCAGACUGUUCAUACUUGUCAAUCUACUCUCUUUUUUCUCUUUCUGCUGUAGAUAUUUAUAUAAUUUUCCUUAA